GUACUAUCUGCUCGGUUCUCCGGGGUGACCGGGAGGGGGCAGCACAGCUCCGGUCCGCAGUCCGGACUUAAGCCCCGGGCAGGAAGAAGAGGAGGGGAAGAAAGCGCUGUUUUAUCAGAACAACAACCGGAUAAACCCAGACCUUCUUUACUCCCAGACUCCAGCCGGUGAAUAGAAGCAGGAUGUCAGGAAGCCCUGCAGUUCGCGUCAGUAUCGAGUCCUCCUGUGAGCGUCAGGUGCAGGAGGUUUCACUGGAUGGAGUAGAAACGUAUGUGCCUCCGCUCUCUAUGUCCCAGAAUCUCGCAAAACUUGCUCAGCGCAUUGAUUUCGGCCAAGGCUCUGACUCUGAUGAAGAGGACCUGAAUGGGGAGAGCAGAGAGUCUGAAUGGAGCAAGCAGAACCCAGAUGAGGAAGGUCCAGUGAAAUUUCAGCCGUGCCUGUGGCCGUGGGACUCGGUGAGGAAUAAUUUGCGCAGUGCUUUGACUGAGAUGUGUGUGCUGCACGAUGUGCUCAGCAUUGUGAAAGAGAAGAAGUAUAUGGCUCUUGAUCCGGUAUCCCAGGACCCUACUGUGGCCAAGGCUCCUCAGGUGUUCCAGCUAAUCAGUAAGAAGAAGUCCCUGGCCACCGCAGCCCAGGUUCUGCUGAAGGGGGCGGAGAAGCUGAGUAAGUCUGUGGCGGAGAGCCAGGAGCAGCGGCGACAGCGUGACUUUAACGCAGAGCUGCUGCACCUGCGAUCACAGUGGAAACUGCGUAAAGUUGGAGACAAAAUCCUCGGAGAUCUGAGCUACCGCAGUGCGGGUUCUCUGUUUACACACCACGGCACUUUCGAGGUCAUUAAAAACACGGAUAUCGACCUGGAUAAGAAAAUCCCAGAUGAUUACUGCCCUCUCAAUGUCCAGAUCCCCAGUGACCUGGAGGGCUCAGCCUACAUUAAGGUCUCUAUUCAGAAACAGGCUCCUGAUAUAGGAGACCUGGGCACGGUAAACCUGUUCAGAAGACAACCAAAGGCAAGACCAGGUGCUCAGGCAUGGCAUUCGAAGCUGGAAGCUGCUCAGAAUGUGCUGCUCUGUAAGGAAAUCUUUGCUCAGCUCUCUCGGGAGGCGGUGCAGAUAAAAUCACACAUUCCUCACAUCGUGGUCAAGAAUCAGAUCAUCUCCCAGCCCUUCCCUGGGCUUCAGCUCUCCAUCUCUCUGUGCCAUUCCUCUGUGGAGAAGAAAAAUCAGAGAACCUCUCCAGACAAAACCAAACCAGACGAUCAUCUUUACGUUCUCGAGCACAACCUGCACCAGCUGAUUAGAGAGUUCCAUAAGCAGACUUUGAGCUCCUCAGUGAUGCCCCAUCCUGCAAGUGUUCCAUUUGGACCGAAGCGGUUGCGGCUAGCUGGGCCGAUGGCGUACGAUAAAGCGGAGAUCAGCAGUCUGCAGCCCAGUGACGGCCUGCUGGAAAAAAUCAUCAAACAAGCCAAACACAUUUUCCUCAGGAGCAGGACGGCGCGGACCAUUGACUGCCUGGCGAGUCGUAUAGAGGAUCCUCAGAUUCAGGCUCACUGGUCCAAUAUUAACGAUGUUUAUGAGUCCAGUGUAAAAGUGCUGAUCACCUCACAAGGCUAUGAGCAGAUUUGCAAGUCGAUUCAGCUGCAGUUGAAUAUUGGGGUGGAGCAGAUCAGGGUGGUGCACAGGGACGGUCGAGUCAUCACUCUGUCCCACCAAGAGCAGGAGCUGCAGGAUUUUUUACUGUCACAGAUGUCUCAGCAUCAGGUGCACGCAGUACAGCAGCUGGCGAAGGUGAUGGGCUGGCAUGUGCUGAGCUUCAGUAACCAUGUGGGGCUAGGAGCCAUCGAAAGCAUCGGCAAUGCCUCUGCCAUUACUGUAGCAUCACCCAAUGGAGAAUAUGCCAUCUCAGUGCGGAAUGGGCCAGAGAGUGGCUGUAAGGUCCUGGUUCAGUUUCCGCGAUGUCAGGCUAAAGACUUACCGAAGAGUGACGUGUUGCAGGAUGGGAAAUGGAGUCAUCUGCGAGGCCCAUAUAAGGAAGUGCACUGGAGCAGGAUGGAGGGCAGGAACUUUGUGUACAAAAUGGAGCUUCUAAUGGCAGCUCUGACUCCCUGUCCUUAGAAUACAGCUCUCUAUGUUCCUGCAGUGUCUGUGUAUCCUUCAGCUUCUCUCAUUCUCACUCCUACUCUCUCAGAAAUACUACACCUCUGGAACUGAGUUCAACAGGUUGUUCUCUCGUGUUUGAGCAGUUCUCUUUAUUGACUGUAGCUAUAUCACAUUUUCCUUUAUUUGAUGUCUUAUUAUUUUGCUUUGUUCUGCAGGUUAUAAAACAUGAAUCUGUAAAUGUGAUGCUAAAAUAGCAGAACAACUCUUUAGUUCUUAUUUUUGUUUUUAAGAAAAUAAUUUGUACCUGUUGUUUUGACCCGUUGUCUUUAAAAAAAUAAACAGUAUUCUUAACUUCUCUUUA